AGAUGCUUAGUGAAACAGCUAGAAAAAGGUGAUGUCAAUGUUGUAGACUUAAAGAAGAAUAUUGAAUAUGCAGCAUCUGUUUUGGAAGCAGUUUAUAUCGAUGAAACAAGACGACUAUUGGAUACUGAAGAUGAGCUUUGUGAUCUUCAGUCAGAUUCUGUACCCUCUGAAGUCCGGGACUGGUUGGCCUCAACCUUUACAAGAAAAAUGGGGAUGGUUAAGAAGAAAUCUGAGGAAAAGCCAAAAUUCCGAAGUAUUGUUCAUGCUGUUCAAGCUGGAAUUUUUGUUGAGAGGAUGUACAGAAAGUCCUUUCAUAUGGUUGGUUUGGCAUAUCCAGAAGCUGUCAUAGUAACAUUAAAGGAUGUUGAUAAAUGGUCUUUUGAUGUAUUUUCCUUAAAUGAAGCAAGUGGAGAACACAGUCUGAAGUUUAUGAUUUAUGAACUUUUUACCAGAUAUGAUCUUAUCAACCGUUUCAAGAUUCCCGUUUCUUGUCUAAUUGCCUUUGCAGAAGCUUUAGAAGUUGGUUACAGCAAACACAAAAAUCCGUAUCACAAUUUGAUUCAUGCAGCUGAUGUAACUCAAACUGUGCAUUACAUAAUGCUUCAUACAGGUAUCAUGCAUUGGCUCACUGAACUGGAAAUUUUAGCAAUGGUAUUUGCUGCAGCCAUUCAUGAUUAUGAGCAUACAGGAACCACAAACAAUUUUCAUAUUCAGACAAGGUCAGAUGUUGCCAUUUUAUACAAUGAUCGUUCAGUCCUUGAGAACCACCAUGUAAGUGCAGCUUAUCGACUUAUGCAAGAGGAGGAAAUGAAUGUCUUAGUAAAUUUAUCCAAAGAUGACUGGAGGGAUCUUCGGAAUCUAGUGAUUGAAAUGGUUUUAUCUACAGACAUGUCAGGUCACUUCCAGCAAAUUAAGAACAUUAGAAACAGUUUGCAGCAGCCUGAUGGGAUUGACAGAGCCAAAACCAUGUCCCUGAUUCUCCAUGCUGCAGACAUCAGCCAUCCAGCCAAAUCCUGGAAGCUACAUCAUCGGUGGACCAUGGCCCUGAUGGAGGAGUUUUUCCGACAGGGAGAUAAAGAAGCUGAGUUAGGGCUUCCGUUUUCUCCACUUUGUGAUCGGAAGUCAACCAUGGUGGCCCAGUCACAAAUAGGCUUCAUUGAUUUCAUUGUAGAGCCAACAUUUUCUCUUCUGACAGACUCAACAGAGAAAAUUAUUGUUCCUCUUAUAGAGGAAGCAUCAAAAACAGAACAUUCUUCCUAUGGGGCAAGCAGACGAUCCAAUAUGAAAGGCACCAUAAAUGAAGGAAGCUACUCCCCAGACUACUCCCUUGGAAGUGUGGACUUGAAGAGCUUCAAAAACAACCUGGUGGACAUUAUCCAACAGAACAAGGAGAGGUGGAAAGAAUUAGCAGCACAAGGAGAAUCUGAGCUUCACAGAAAUUCAGAAGAACUAGUAAAUGCUGAAGAAAAAGAUGCUGAAACACAUUCAUAGGUCUCAGACAACUUAAAAGCUUCUAUCACUUUAAACAUGAGAGGAUAAGAACAGCACUAGUAUAUCCCCUCAAUUUUCUAUAUUCUUCAUUUUCAUCGUACACUUGGAUCAGAUCAUUU